AUGGCCUCGGCAACCGAAACAACCCCCCUCCUUCACUCCAAAAAGAAGCCCUACUCUAUCUUCACGCCUAGACAGAAACGCCUGAUUAUCCUAACGUCUGCAAUUGCAUCUAGUUUCUCGCCACUCUCCGCAAACAUCUACUACCCUGCCCUCAAUGCGCUUGCGGCAGACCUGCACGUUUCCUCCGCGCAUAUCAAUCUUACAAUCACGACUUACAUGAUGACUCAAGCCCUCUCCCCAACUUUUACAACGUCUUUCGCAGACACGUCCGGCCGGCGCCCCGCCUACGUCCUCUGUUUCACCAUCUACAUAGCGGCCAACAUCCGUCUCGCAUUGCAACACAGCUAUCCCGCCCUCCUAAUCUUACGCGCACUGCAAAGCACAGGAAUAUCCGGUACAGUGGCCCUCGCCUCCGCCGUUGCGGCAGAUAUCAUCACACCCGCUGAGCGCGGCGUCUACCUGGGAUUCACCUCGAUGGGAAAUAUCCUUGCACCGGCCUUAGGACCAGUCCUCGGCGGAGUGAUCUGCGAGUAUGCAGGAUGGAGAGGAGUCUUUUUGUUCCUGGCUGUCUCCGCCGCGGUAGUCGGCGUCGGGAUGGGAAUGCGGUUUCCAGAGACAUGCCGACGGGUUGUUGGGAACGGAUCUGGAUCUUGUGCAUCCUCUUCCCCUUCAUUCGGCGAUUCCGAGAAGACAAGAACCACAUUUGACCCCCUCUCGUCCCUGCGUAUCCUCUUCCACCGACCCACCGCCCUCCUCCUCCUCUCGAACGCCCUCGUCUUCGCAAGUUACUAUGCCGUAAUGGCAGGGAUACCCUCGCUCUUCAAGGAGAUGUACGGCCUCUCUGAGCUGGGUAUCGGGCUCGUGUUUAUCCCCGCGGGGCUAGGAUCUCUCGCCUCCUCUAUGCUGAACGGGGUGCUCGUUGACUGGAAUUACCGACGAGUGCGGAGCCAUUUCGAACGAAUCCGUGGAGAAGGAGAUUUGCUUGGUGGCGAGGAAAGUCUGAAGCCGGAGAUGGAGGUAGGUAUAGACGAAGAAACGGCAUUUCCCAUCGAACGGGCCAGAUUACAGAUUGGAGGGCCCAUGACUUUUCUCUGCACCAUCCCCCUUCUGCUCUACGCCAUCCUCCUCCCCAAAACUCCACCACUCUCUAUCUGCCUCGUCCUCAUCUUCCUAAUCGCAUUUACAAUAACCACCUCCUACAACGUGAUGAAUAUCUUCCUGGUGGACCUGUACUACAGGACGCCAGCCUCUGCGAUGGCGACGAAUAACCUCGUGCGAUGCCUUUUUGGAGCGGCCAGCACGGCACUCGUUGAACCUUGCAUUCACCGGUUUGGUGUGAAAGCGACAUAUGCGGUUGCUGCUGGGGUGGUGAGUUUAGUUUGUUGUCCGUUGCUUGGGACUGUUUAUGUUGUUGGGGCGCGGUGGAGGGUUGAGCGGGAAAAGAGGAGGGAGCGGAAGUGGUUGAAAGAUGGGAUGGAGGGGAAGGGCAAGAGGGCUGAAUAG